AUGCUAUUUGAAUUGAACAAGUGUCAGCGUCAGGGGGACAUAGGGUCGGAGUCGGAGUCGAAGGGGGGGACCCUUUUCCAUUGGGUGUGCUCGAGCUGCAGUUGUGCUAGUCUGGUAUUUGCAUGCUCUGCCUUUGCCGAGGACGACAGUGCUCUCAAAACUCAAAAUAUUAACACUUUAACGCCAAGUUUUUUAUCCGGUUGCCGGAAGCAGACAACACAACACCCAUACGCCCACACACCAAUACAUCCAUACAUCCAGACAGCCAUUCAGACGCCCCGACACACACACACACACACACACACACACAUAGCCAUAAACUGUAGCGGUCGUUACGGUGGCAAAACGCCAUGUUGGAUUAUUCAACUCGACGCCAUUUCGCGUCACAAUGCGCGCUGUGCGCCGCCAUCAUUGCACUCGACAGCAAACGGCAAAAGCAAAGGCAACGGCACAUGCCGCCAACGUUUGCAGCCGGCCAACGCGGCGGAUGAAGUUGCAAUUCAAAGUCAUAAACACGUGCAGCGUGGGCGCAAAGUCGCAGCUAAGCUGCAAAGCAGGCGCUGCCACUGA